UUUGAAAAGAUUAGAUAAAGCGCUGUUAAUUUUUUCGAUACGCUUUGUCUCUCCUAUGUAAGCUUAGUUGUGUGUAAUCAGACUUCAGAAUCGUCGCGUAGUGUUCACUGAAAAUAUGGAAAAGAUUGUGAUUUUGUUCGCUCUCGCUGUUUGCGGAGCAACUGCAAUCAGUUUCGAAUCAACAGCCAGAAUUUCGGGCGGAGGUAACGCGUUAGUGAAUCAGUUUCCAUAUGCAGUAUCAUUGCAGCAAAUUAACCUACUAAAUGAGUACACCAGGGGCCACGCGUGUGGUGGUGUUUUGAUCACGUACCAACACGUCUUGACUGCGGCUUCUUGUAUUCAGCCAAGAGGGUCACAGGGGCAGAUAAUACCAAACCAAUACAGGGUGUUUGCUGGUUCAAUUUCUCUAACAAACGAUACUAAUGCUGAUUUAAUCAGAACACCAGCCAACUUUACUGUGCACCCCAACUACACGGGAUACCCUGCUUUGGCCAACAAUCUUGCUAUUAUCACGCUUCUCAGUGCAUUCCCCGCUCAUGCUGUGACUCCAAUCUCCUUACCAUCAGCAACCUUCGACCCAGCUGACUUCACUAUCUGCAACGUCGUUGGAUGGGGAGCUCAAAAUAACUCAGCCUCUGCUAGCGUUAAUCUGAGGUACGCUUCGAAGUAUAUCUACAACCAGAACUUGUGCACCUUCCAAUACAGCUCUUUGGAGGGCACACCCAACAUUCUGCCAUCUAUGCUUUGCGCCACCUCCUACGACAUCUUAUCUGCUGGGUGCCAGGGUGACAUCGGCAACCCAUUGGUAUGCCAAGGCGGACUCACCGGUAUUCUCUCGGUUCACAACAGCUGCGCAAGUUUACCGUUCCCAGAAGUAUACACUCGGGUUUCCAACUACACUACCUGGAUUAGGAGCGUCACUGGAGGAGCAUCCACCUUCCAGCCUGCAGUAGCCACUUUGAUCAUCUUUGCUUUAGUUCAACUGAUAACUGCUAAGGUUAUUAGCUAAAGAAUUACGGCUAAGAUGUAUGAAGUUUUUUGUUUUUAAUUGAGAAUGUAAGGGCCCAAUUUAGACAUAAGUUGAGUCUUUAUUUAUUCUGUUCAUGAAAAAAUAUUGUUGAGGAGACUUUUUGUCUUUGGUACAUGAACCUAUUUGUCUAUUUACUUUUUUAAUGUUCUAAGUGUAAGUUUUAAAUAAAAUAUUUAUU